AUGCUGUCGGCUUGUCUCCCAUUGCUGCUGGUGUUGGGCGCCGCGCUCGCCGCCGAGCAGGUUGCCGAGCAUGGCGCCGAGCAAGUCGCCGAGCAUGCUGCCCCGCUGGAGAAGCGCUCGCCCCAGUACGACUUCGGUCUCGGCAAGCGCGCCUACAGCUAUGUCUCCGAGUACAAGAGGCUUCCCGUCUAUAACUUUGGAUUGGGAAAGAGGUCUCGCCCGUACUUGUUCGGUCUGGGCAAGCGGUCGGCGGGCGCGGAGCAGCCUGAUGACGACAUCUCCAACGAAGCCGACCAGAACACACUCGAUGAACUCUUCGAUCAAUAUGAUGACUCUGCAGCUGUCCCAACAGGUUACGUGGAGAAACGCGCUAGGCCUUACAGCUUCGGGCUCGGGAAGCGCUUCGCCGAGGAGCCCGCGGAGGACAAGCGGGCGCGCAUGUACAGCUUCGGCCUCGGGAAGAGGGCGCGCUCCUACAGCUUUGGACUCGGAAAGCGCUUAAGCAGCAAGUUCAACUUCGGGCUCGGCAAACGACAGAGAGACAUGCAUCGGUUCAGUUUCGGCCUCGGGAAGCGAUCGGAAGACGACACCAGUGAGAACUACAUCGACGCUUAAGUUAGAGAUUGAGUCGAGUUGAUUCCUGCAUUAGGACUUGCGUGGUGUUUGUAAACGACUCCCGCAUUAUUAAUAAUACGCUGUUAACUGUACACUAAAUAAGUUUUCUUAUGUUUUUUGUGUGCCAGGUUUAUAUGUACCUAAUAUUGAAUAAGACAAGCUGAAUAAGUAAAGACUUUCUUGCAAAAAAAUUAUCCAUUUUUACAAAAUCAUUGAA